AUGCCGCGACCUAUCAGUACCGUUUGGGAACAUUUUUUGGUGUUGUGUGAAACUAACGGUAAAAAACAUGUUACUUGUAGUUAUUGUUCUGGGCAAUACAAGCACGCGAUGGCCAAUAAAUUAAAAGAACACUUAUGGAAAUGUAAAAAAUGCCCAAAUGACGUGAAAAAUGUAUACAAACAAAACAACGUUCCGGCAAUACUGCAUUCAUCUCCAGAAGCAACUGUAUCUCCACGUUCGUCCACAUCGUCGGCCAUGGCACCGUCACCGUCAUCGUCAGCCAUGGAUCCCUCAGCAGUGACAGCGCUGCCGUCGUCUUUCAGAUUUACUUCUGUUGCUUCUCGUAACACAACAUUCACGACGCAACCAGUAAGUCACAAUGAUAUAAAUACUGCGCUAGCGAGGUCUAUAUAUGCAUCUGGACAGCCAAUGUCUCUGCUCGAGUCUGAACUUUAG